AUGGGGAGCGUGGGAGGCCUGUGGUCUUGGAUGCUAGCUUUGCUCUCCUUGCCUGGUUUGGUCCUAGGAGCACCCUCAGUGCCCAGAUGUUCAGGAGUCUGCAGUACCACUGUCCCAGAAGGCUUCACCCCUGAAGGGAGCCAGGACUCUCAGGACAAGGACAUCCCGGCAAUUAACCAAGGGCUCAUCUCAGAGGAGACCCCAGAAAGCAGCUUCCUGGUCGAAGGGGACAUCAUCCGGCCGAGCCCCUUCCGAUUGCUGUCAGUGACCAACAAUAAAUGGCCCAAGGGCACUGAUGGCAUUGUGGAGAUCCCCUUCCUGCUCUCUAGCAAGUAUGAUGAGUCCAGCCGCCGGGUGAUUCUGGAGGCCUUCGCUGAGUUUGAGCGUUUCACAUGCAUCCGGUUUGUCCCCUACCAGGGCCACAGAGACUUCAUUUCCAUCCUCCCUAUGUCAGGGUGCUUCUCUGGUGUGGGACGCAGUGGAGGGAUGCAGGUGGUGUCCCUGGCACCCACUUGUCUCCAGAAGGGCCGGGGCAUUGUCCUGCACGAGCUCAUGCACGUGCUUGGCUUCUGGCAUGAGCAUUCACGGGCAGACCGCGACCGCUACAUCCGCGUCAACUGGAAUGAGAUCCUCCCAGGCUUUGAAAUCAACUUCCUCAAGUCUCGGAGUAGCAAUAUGUUAGCACCCUAUGACUACUCGUCAGUGAUGCAUUAUGGGAGGUUUGCCUUCAGCUGGCGUGGGCAGCCCACCAUCAUACCACUCUGGACCCCCACUGUCCACAUCGGCCAGCGAUGGAACCUGAGCACCUCGGAUAUCACCCGGGUCCGCAGGCUGUACAACUGCAGCCGCCACAGUGUCCCUGACGCCCACGGGAGAGGGUCUGAGGCCCACAGUGACGGAAGAAGCCUCACUCCUGUCUCUCUUUCAAAUCUGCAAAGACUUCUGGAGGCACUGGCAGAAGAAUCUAGAAGCUCUGCCCCCAGUGGCUCCAGGGCUGGAGACCGGGGUAUUAUUGCCGGGCCUGUAGACAGCCAGCAUGGAUGGGAGCAUCCUGCUCAUAGCAAGUUCAGUGUGGAGGCCUUGGCAAGACCACCUCAAAGGCUAGCUGCUUCUCCGAGGUCAGGGCCUGGAGCAGGUGCAGAUGGCAUUUCUCUAGAGCAGUUCCAGGUAGUCCAAGUGCCCACUGUACCUCCGGCUCCUUUUCCAGAAGCCAGAGGCCAGCCAGCACCGAUCCAGGAUGCCAUGGAGAGUCUAACUCUGCUUCCAGGAGGUUGGGCUCUUGGAAGUCACUUUGGAGAGGUGCCCAGAGACUGA